UCCGCCAUAUUUUUUCCCACGAAUUCCUUCACAUCUCUCCAUUCGUCUUUGGAUAAAUUGGUCCCUAGGUUGGCCCUAGAUUGCCCUAUGCGGUAGGUGCAGAUAGGUGCGUGUUCUGCACUGUCGUAGUGCAGAUCCUAUCGUAACUGGUGAACAAUAUAUUUUUCAACUACUCAACUACCGCCGGUUAUGCAUAAACGAAUAUCAAGAAACGUUAUCCCAGCGCGCGUGAAUGAUUAUCGCAGUAGACAAGUACAAUAAAAAAAAUACGCGAGUGAUUGUCGGUAUUGAGGAGGGAAACAAAAAUCGAAUCCUCAGUACAAGUGUACAAUGGCCAAAAGAAGUUACAACAACUCGUCUGGAAGGCGGGCCCACGGAGAAAAACCCUACGACCCUAACAACUCGUUCGUGAAGAAAAUGGCCACAAAAAUGACAGACUUCAUCCCCCAACGUUUAUGGAUCAGCAAGUGGUUCAAUUCUCCAACGAGCAACGGUGGUUUAUCAAACGAAGACACUGAAAAUCCAGACGAUAUGAGUGAAACAAUGCUCCAGCCCCCAUCCAAACGUCCACGAAUCAGAAUGGACGUGACACAUCCUCCAGGAACAUUUGCUAUUCAACCAAGAGCUAGAAAUUUAAAGGAUCCGUAUCAACGGGACGAAACUGUAGAUUUUUUAGACUCAGAGACAGCUGGCCCCAGUGGCUCCCGCUCAUUCGUCGCCUCCACUCCAGCUUUUUCCAUGAAGAUGAUGAACUCAAAUUUACUCCAAUCCGAUCUCAUUCGACAGCAGCAAAACAAUGGAACAGCAAAUGGAAUAGAUGAGAAUUCCGAGUCCGGGGAGAGUACCAGUGGCUGCAGCUCCCUAAUUCCCCAGGCGUCACGUCAAGACAGUCUUAAUCAAUUUCAUCGAAAGGGACUUGUGGACGACAAGCUAUCCUACACGAAUCACUUACAAUCCCCUCGAUCUCUGUUCAUAGAUAGUAUAACAGGUCAGAGAGAGUCCUUGAGUUCCAGAAGACCAAGUUUCAACGUCUCCAUGGUUAAUAACGAGGGACAUCCCUUGGAGAGGGGUAAUAACGUGAUGUCAUCCCCAUUCUACAGUGGCAAUAUCACAUUCGGUGGUGCUAAUGCUGCUGGCACAAGUGCAAUGAGACAGAAUCGCAGGAACUUGGCUGGGACCAGUGAAUUCCAGUUGAGGGUCCCCAGAAGAUCAUCUGUCCAGGUGAAACCAUCGAAUGCAUCAGGUGUUGAUUCAUCAGGUAUGAGCCAAACAGCCAAGAGAAUUUUGGAGGCGUUGGAGCAUUUCUCUUCUCCUAUAUCAGACGCCAAAAAAAUACCAGUAAAGACACCAGGGAUCAAUUCUACUCUAGCUAAAAAACGUGGUAGAGAUGAGGCUUUUGAUCAACUUUCAACAUCCAGAGUUGGAUUGAGACACUUAACAAGGGAACUUGCUGUACCUACUGUACCAGAUAUGCUCAAGUUGAAGAGAAGACAGAGAUUACAGGACACAACUCUUGCUGCUAGAAGAAUAAUCACAGCUCACAGUGAGCCACCCCCACAAACCCCAACUACUUCAGUGAGUCAAGAGCCAGCCGAGUAUCAUUUGAGAGGUGAAAAUGAGAAUCAGAAAUUCUUUGGUAAACUCAGAGCAACGGGAAAGAAAAAACAUGACGUUGAGGAGCCACCUGAGAUUGUUAAUCUGCCGAGUAUAUCGCUGCCAAUUACCAGUCUACCCAGCUUUGACAUUUCUCUGCCCCAAUCCAGUUGUAAAACCACUAAUGUUACAGCAACAAUAGAAUCCAAGUCAUCCUCAAUACCCAGCACGACAUUUAAAUUCUCAAGUCCUAUCAAAUUGCAGAAUGAAACCACUAGUCCUGUCAAAACAAUUAAUCACUUCACAUUCUCGAAACCACUGAGUCCUGAUAAUAAGAGCAACAAGAGUCAGAAUCAAGGAGUGAACACAUCUAGUUCACCCAGUACUCCCAAUGCUGUAUCAAACUCAAUUAACUUCAGUUUUGGAUCUAAUCAGACAGCCCCAACCACUAACUUCAUGUGGUCGGGCUCUUCAACAGCUCCAAGACCUAAGGAAAUUAAACAAAUUGAUAAGAAGCAGAAGACAGAUCAUAUAGAAUUAAAAUCUGGAAGUGUCAUCGAUGCUCUCAGUACCUUUAAACAAUCAGCAUCAGAUAUUUGGGAAUGCAGCGAGUGCUUCAUCAAGAAUAAUCAGAGUGAAGAGCACUGCGUAGCCUGCAAGAAUCCUAAGAUAAAGAAAACCUCUGAAAAUCCCUUUUCACCGUCGACAAAAAUUCUUCCAUCGCCAGGAGCCACUGAUACUCAAUUUGGAGUUCAGUUCAAAAUGUCCACUGACAAAUGGGAGUGCCAAUGCUGUCUAGUGAGGAAUGCAGUAUCUGAAACCAAAUGUGUCUCCUGUAUGACACCUAAAUCAGAGAAAAAGGUUGACGCACUGACAUCAGCAGCUUCUACGUCACUUCCAUCAACUACAUCCGAUCUCAUGGAGAAAUUCAAACCUGCAAAGGACUCCUGGGAGUGUCCUGGAUGCAUGUUGAGGAAUCCUACUGACAUAAUCUCAUGUCCCUGCUGCAAUGCGUCCAAACCAGGUCUUCUGAAGGCUCCAGUUCCCAAAAAACCUGAAGAAGUGAAGGCUCCAUUAAUCCCCACAAAUACCAGUAAAACGUGGGAGUGCCCUUCGUGUAUGGUCAAAAAUGACUCGAGUGCAGCCACAUGCGUCUGCUGCACGACUUCAAAUCCUCUGGCACUCAGCAAAUCUUCAAUGACCUCAGCAGCACCAGUAAUUCCAAAUAUAUCAACAUCAGCCUCUGGAUUUGGGGAUAAAUUUAAAAUGCCAACAGGUUCCUGGUCCUGUGAUGUUUGCAUGAUUCAAAAUAAAUCAGACAUUACGGAAUGUGUGGCUUGUGGAUCAUUGAAACCUGGAGCAACAGGAUCUGAUACAAAAACCAGCGGUGAUACUCUGAAAAAUGAUACAACGCCUAAAUUUCUCUUUGGAAUGCCCUCGUCAGCAGCUCCAACAUUCAAAUUUGGAAUUCCUGCUGAUAGUAAAUCAGAGGAGAAGUCCACAAUUCAGGCUCCAGCCAAUGGUUUUACGUUUGCUCUUCCAGAGACACAAACAAGUCAAUCAUUCGGUGUUGGAAUACCCAAAACAACGGAGGAGUCAACGAAGACAGGUAAUUUUUUUAUUUUUCCAGCACCAAAGUCCGUGGAGCCUUUCAAAUCGAAAGAGAAAACACCAGAAAUUCAGACACUCUUCAACAAUGUCAGUGACACUAAAGUUGGAUUUAGCUUCAAUAAACCAACGGAGAUAACGCCAGAAACCCCAAAGGUUCAGAAUCUUAAUCCCGUUGUAGAAACGGAGAAGGCAGAACCUGUGAAAUCAAUUUCCUUUGGUACACCAAUACCAACAUUAACGACAGGGACUCCACAGAGUACUGCAACAACGACAGCACCAACUUCAAGUCCCAGUUUAUUCAAAUUCUCGAAACCGCCGGUGUCGGCGGCCCAGUCAACUCCUGUCCUCUCAUUCGGCCAGUCCCCAGCACCAAUGGCACAGACGAUAACUCAGAGUACAUCACAAGAGACUCCAAAGACAUCGGAAACUUCUCAAUCAGCUAAUAAGCCAGUCCAUACAUUUGGAAAAUCAGAGUCUGCACCUACACUGUUUGGAGAAUUCACCACUGAGAAUAAACCAGCUCUAACGUUUGGAGCAUCAGUGAGCAAUAAUUCUGAGAAGCCUGCAUUCCCUGUUGAGAAAAAAUUCUCUGGUUUUGGUACAACUGAUAUUAACUUCUUUGGAAAUGGUGGUGAUAAGCCACUCGCCAGUGCUCCAACACCAACCUUUGGAGUUCCCCCACUGGCUAGCACGACUGCACCUCCAACACCAGCAACUCCAGCAAUACCAAAUACAAUGUUUGGAUCUUCAUCUGGUUCAGGUUCGAUGUUUGGUAAUGCUACGCCGAGUUUUGCAAGCCCUAGUUCUGCCAGUGCUCCAAUGUUUGGUUCGCGAAAGCCAGCAGAACCAGUGCCUCCAGCUACUCCAGGACUAUUCACGUUUGGAGCAUCUUCUGGAGCGCAAACGACACCGCAAGCCAGUGGAGGCUUCAAUUUUUCGGGAAAUAGUGCGGCUAAACCUGUUUUUGAAUUCCCUGGAUGUCAAAAUACUCCACAAGGUGGUGGAUUUGGGGGAUUUGGAGGGCCUGCAUCAGCUAUUAGUGGUACACCAACUCCAGCUUUUGGAUUUAAUGCACCUAAGAAUGAGACUUCACUGUCUUUUGGACAGAUGCCAAGCACUCCUACUUCGAAUAUGUUUGGAAACAGUCAGCCAUCGCCUGCUAGCUCCUUUGGGACAUUGAACUCGGGGUCAAUAAGUGCUGGCUCCAGUGGAGGAUUUAACCUUGGAACUCCUACUGUACCACCAUCAGCUACUCCUAGUAUUCCGUCUUCUGCUUCUACUUCAGGAGGAUUUAAUUUUGCACCUGCUGCGUCUGGAUUUAACUUCAAUGCGCCUGUUCAACCGUCCUUCAAUUUCACUGGUGGUAAUGCUCCAACUACUUUCAACGCAACACCUCAAGCUACAACUCCAACAACCAGGAAGAUAAAGAAAGCUGUCCGUCGUAUGCCUCCGCGUGCGUGAGUUUCACCACUGGAUAAACCAACACGUUGCUACUAAUUCGGUGACCAAAUGAACAAAAUAUACGUACAGUAACAAAUUGACGGUGAGUCAAAUCCAAAAACUAAAAUGAAAGAGUGAGAGUAAUAAAUAAAACAUGAAUCGCGAUGAAUUUGAUUAAAUAGUGAAAAUGAAUAGCCAAUAACUGGCAUCAGGCAUUUAUGUAAUUGUUAACUCCAUACUGAGCGAAACAUUGUGCUUGAAGAACAACCACCUGUACCACGAGAAAAUCAUCGAGUUAAUUAUAAAAUUAUCAGGAGGAAUUACAAAAGGAAAAGUGAAAGCAUUAAAAGUAAUUGAGACUGGGACUUUUGACGAAGACGAUGACUGACAAUGUUAGAGUUAGACAACGGCGUUCAUUUGAGUUCAUUCAGCGAACGAAUGAUCAUGAAAUGGAGAAACAACAGUUGGAACUGUUUUCCAAUGCCGGCGAUUUUAUAGACUUUGCCAAGAAGGUGAGAAUUGAAAAGAAAACGAAGCGAAGGAAGAGUAAAAAAUAUGAAUGAGGAAUUAUAAAAUUGCGGGUAUGCUUGAGUGUAAAGCGUUUGAUACCCAGCUCAGGUAAGUAUAGGCCAUUCGGAACGCCACUCUCAACAAUUAUAUUCCCCUCCCCAACCCCUGUAUUUAAUUGUAAAAAUUAUUUCACGUUUUUUUUAUUAGAUAUUCACUGUCGGUUGCGUUAUUUAAUGAAAAAUAGCAAAAAAAUCGUUUGAUUUUAUGUGAUUAAAUGAAUUAUGAGAUUUGAAAAAAAAAAUCCAUCAAAUGGGCACCCGAUAGAGCAUUAUUUUGUUAAUUGUUUUUUAAAAUGGAAAUAAAUUGUUGCGGGAUGACGUUACGCUGCUAAUUUGCAUAUAGUGGUCUCAUGUCCACUAUAGAAAAGACAGUAAUUCAGUUAUAUACUAAUAUUAUAUUUUAGUUAGGUAUCUCGCUCACUCGAGGACAGUCUCACGUGAUUAAUUAUGUUAAAAAUGGUGAAUAAAAUUGAAUUAAAUAGCCGUGACACUGUGCCUUGGAGCUGACGAUGAGAAUAAAGGAUUAAGAAUUAAAAAAAAAAUGAUUAUCUAAAGGAGAAUGAAAAAAAAAAGUAAGCAAAAUAAAAGAGGGAUAUGUAACAUAAUUUUACGAAAAUGGCAUUCGGAUAGUACAAAGAGAUACGAUUUCACCCAAUCGUUUCCAUUGAGUAGAUGAAAUUUUAUAUUUUUUUUAUAAUAUAAAGAAAAUGUGAAGAAAAUCGAUGAAGAUAAUCCUAUUGAUAAGUGAAGAAAAAAAAACACAUGAACUGAAUGCCAUUUUUGUGUUUAGAAUUUAAUAAAAGAAUAAAUAAAAUAAAUAACAAUGUUGAGUGUUUUACCGUAGGAAUCAGGUGUAUGAAUAUUAUUAAUUGAGUAAAUACAGAAACAAAAAUGAACAGAGAAAUCACAUUUUCAUUGUGUAAUGUAAAAUAAUAGUUUAGAGAUUGAAAAAAAAAAUGAGCAACACAAAACUACAGAAACGGUCUUCGAAUAUGUAUUUUUCAGUUUAUCUUUCUGAUUUUGUCUUUACACUUUUAACUGUAAUAUUUUCACACGAUUGUUUAUUUUCUUGCUAUUAUCAACUGCGGUUCAAAUUCAAGAUUAUUCAGAGAAAAAAACAAAAACUGAAGAUUCAUUCAGACGAGAAGAUAAUAAGAAGUGAAAAAUGAAACAUUGUUAUUGUAAAAAAAAAAGGAAAGACCACCAUCUGUCUACUUUGUCUUCUAGCAAAAAGUGAAAAGGAAGAAGCAAACUCCUCUUAAAUAAUAAAUAAGAAUGUAAAAGUCAAUAAACGAGUUUUUUUUCCUUGAAAAGAUACUACUCGAGUGUUAUCAUUAUUUCUUUCAUUUAUUUCUUAACAACUAAAAAAUAACAACAUCAAUCUAGACGAAAAGUUUCCUUUUUAAUUUAUUAGCUAUUCUUCUUUUGCUCGUGUUUUAUUUCUUCUUUCUUCAUUUCUACACCGUUUGUUUUACAAAUGGCAAUUGGAGCAAAGCCCUACAUUCAAGAACAAAAUUAAUAACUUAGGAAGAAAAUCGGUGGCUGCAAGUCGGUUUUUUAAAUUUAUUUAUCAUCUUUACGUAAUUCUUUUUUCCCACGUUUCAUCCAUAGCAAAUACAAAAUGGUGUAAAUAAAUAAUUAAAUGUGAUGAUUGUUUCAUUUUGUUCAUUUGUGUUUUUUUCUUUUCAUCGUUCUCAUAGACCGAGAGUGGCACGAAAUUUAUUGAGUUUUACAACAAAAAAAACUUUUCAACUAGUUAAAAUGCCGCAUCUUAAAGACUUCUUUUUUUUUCUUUGUCAAAGAUAUGAAACAUUGACACGUACAACAUAGGUAAUAAUACAAAGACAAUUGUGGACAAUUCAGAUAUACAAUUCAGUACAAGUUUUCCCUUUUUGUUUUUUUUUCCUUGUCAAUCAUUAUUUGGAUGCCGAUGAGAGUCGGCUCAAAAUUCACUGAUUUUUCUACAAUAUUUCUUUUCCUUUUUAUCGAUUGGAUAGGCCUCGUGUGCUUCCCAGAGAGGUGCAAUAUAAACAGAAAAAAUGCUAUUAAACAAUGCUCCACCAUCCAGAAAAAUAGUCAACUAAAUUCACAAUAUUAUAUUAGUAAUUAAACAAUAAAAUAUAAUAAAAAGUAUGAAAAAAUGGGAGAGUUUUCUGGUGACAAUGAUAAAAAGGAUUAAACAAAUUUUAUGUUUACAAAAAAAAAAUAGAUCAACGACUAUUGAUCCCACUCACUGAUUCAAUAUCAAAGCAGUGAAGUUUUCAGCCCCAUCCUCUCUGGGCAGCCCAGUCAUCAUUCGCUAGAUUUUUUUUUUCAUUUUUUUUCCUUUUUCCCAUAUAUCACUUCUAUUUAAAUGAUAUUAUAAUUUAGGUACAAUCUUAAUUACUUCAAUAUUAAUGAGAAUAUUAAUUAUGUUUUAUUCUUGUUUUCUGUUUUCCUUUUUUUUCCUCUUGCUUGCAAUGAAUUUAAUUAGAUUCGUAGGUAAUUAAUAUUAUUCAAUUAUUAAUAAUCAUUAAUAUUAUUUUUUUUUCUUCUUUAUAAAGUCCCUUAAACUAAGAAUCAUCAGACAUGAAGGAA